AUGAGCACCGAAGAAGCACGUACUGCCAGCAUUUCUCGAAAGACCAACGAGACCGAUAUCCAAGUUGCAAUCAACCUCGAUGGCAAGUUUGACCAGCAGAUCAACGUUGACACUGGCAUUGGCUUCCUCGAUCAUAUGUAUCAUGCUCUUGCCAAGCACGGAGGCUGGUCCUUGACGCUCAACUGCAAGGGCGAUUUGCACAUUGACGAUCACCAUACUGCUGAAGACACUGGUAUUGCUCUUGGUAUGGCCUUCAAGCAAGCACUUGGUACUCCCAAAGGCAUCAAGCGUUUUGGUUCAGCCUAUUGUCCUUUGGAUGAGGCUUUGGCUCGUUCGGUUGUCGACAUUUCAGGCAGACCUUUCGCUGAUAUCAACUUGAACUUGAAGCGUGAAAUGAUUGGUGCCCUUUCCACAGAGAUGAUUCCCCACGUCCUAUUGUCUUUUGCAUUUGCUGCCGGUAUCACCCUUCAUGUCGAUGUUCUUAAAGGAACAAAUGAUCACCACAAAGCCGAAUCUGCUUUCAAGUCUCUUGCAGUAGCCAUCAAGCAAGCUGUAGAACGAACAGGUUCCAACGACGUUCCCAGCACCAAGGGCGUUCUGUAG